AUGGAAGAAACGAUACACAGUGACCCCGAUGGAACUGGCCAAAGUAUUUCCCCCGGGGAGCUUACGAGAGAUCAUAUCGAAACUAUCGUAAUAUUUGAGAGACUGGGUGCCGCGUUAUCUGUUACUGGAGUCCUUCUUAUUUUCGUUGCUUAUGCAAUCUUCAAACGACUUCGCACCGUACCUAAUACCUUUAUUCUCUUUGCGUCUUUUGCAAACUUGGGGGCGAGCAUUGCCUGCUUGAUAGGGUACUCAGGAGUGUUGGCAGGAUCAACCAGUCACCUAUGCCAGGCUCAGGCUUUCAUGUUUGAACUAUUUAUGCAAUCAGAUCCAUGGUGGUCAUUUGCCAUGGCUGUCAAUGUAUACAUGGUCUUUUUCUUUUCUGCAAAUCCCAAAAGCUUUCUCCGAUACUGGUGGGCGUAUUUCCUCGUUUGCUACGGGAUACCCUUCAUCCCGUCGUUAUGGCUACUCAUUGUCCGCGGAAGUGAUGGGCAGAUUGUAUACGGCAAUGCGACAAUAUGGUGUUGGAUAGAUAAGGACUGGUCCAACCUGCGCAUCUACACGUACUACCUCCCGAUUUGGGUCUGCAUUAUCCUUUCCACUUUCAUAUACAUAGCUGUUGGCUACUACGUAUUUAAACAGCGCAAUCAACUGCGUAACCUGUCUCUUAGCAAUCCUGCUCACGACCCCCCGGCGCCGCGUGACUCGGGGGAGAAGCAGACACUCUUCACGAACGCCGCUGUUAUGGGCAGUAUCAAUCGAGAGGUAGUGCAGGUGACGACAGUAAACUCAACUAUCGCAUACUCUGUCAGUGGGCCAUCGUUGACCGGUGCCACGCCUACCAACUGGUUUGACGGACCACUCGACGACAAGAAUAAUAUGGAUAGCCCUCUGACACCUAUAUCGUCGCAAAAUCCAUACCAUACCACGAUCACACGUAUCACCGCGGAUCCGGCGCCGCGAGAAGGCCUCUGGGCGCGUGCCCGGGGGAACUUCGAGCGCUGGCGCAAUCGUUUUAAUCAUAUGGAUCCGGUGAAAUUGGCGUACUUACGUACAUCGUUCGUCUUCGCGAUCAGCGUGUUCGUGACAUGGACACCGAGCAGUAUCAACCGCGUGCAUGACCUCGUAUACGCUGAGAGCGCUAGCUUCGCACUGAACCUGGCCAGCGCCGUCGUAUUGCCUCUCCAAGGUGUUUGGAACGCCGUUAUUUUCUUCUCAACUACUUGGUCCUCUUUACGCCAAGAAGUCCGUGCUCGCCUCGAUUCGCGAAAGGGAUUACCCCGCGGACACCAUGACGCGGCGGCCGUGCGCAAUGAGCGCGAACGCGAACGCGCCUUGGAGCUGUCGAGACGAAAGACUCGGGGACACACUGAUGAUGCUGGAAGCGAUCUCAGCGCCUCGGGUUCGCUCGGUGGUAACGCUGCGAGCGGCGGCACUGUUAGAGUCAUGCGCGGCGGAUCUCUUACUAGUAUAUAA